AUGUCAUCGUUGGCCGGUGCACUGAUCCCGCCUCCGCAGCACAACUACUUUCCUCCACCACAGGACUCAGGGGACGAAGAAGACGACCAAAAUGACGUCGAAAUGCACCCGACCGCGGAAACGGAGGAGGCAGAGCAGGACGCCGAGAUGGCAGACUUAUUUGGCAACGACAAUGAUGUGGAGGAAGUGAGACACAGCGAGGGUGCAGCUUCUCCGUCAACCUCUGCCCAGGAAUCAGACCGCCUUCCAACUCCGGAAAGAGAGCACCGACGGGCUCUAGAGUAUGAUGAGGAUGAUGAAAUACCUGCGGAACUUGCUGUAGAGGUCAAGGAGGCGAACGUCGCGUUUCCCAAUAUCCCGGUCCCCAAAAGUUCUGAAGGAGAGAACUGGGUUAUUCGUAUGCCCACAUUUGUCCAAGUAGAUUCAAAGCCUUAUCAUCCAGAUACGUACAUGGGUCCGGAGCACGAAGAUGAAGAGCUACAGCAAACGGAGAACAUGCGUGAGAGAAGUAUGACCAUUAAACUGAAAGUAGAAAACACUGUAAGGUGGCGCUGGAUAAAGGAUGAAAAUGGACAGGAUGUGAGUCGAAAACAGUCUAAUAGCCGUGUGAUACGAUGGUCGGACGGUUCACUGAGCCUCCGUCUCGGCAAGGAGCUCUUUGACAUACACCAGAGCCUUGACAACUCUGGCGCAGCACCGCGACAGGCGUUUGGCAGUUCCCAGCCUUCCCAAUCCCAAUCCCAAUCCCAAUCUCAGUCUACGGGUGCCAAAUCGCAAGGGCUUACAUAUCUCGUCGCCCAGCACAAACGCGCGCAGGUGCUACAGUCAGAGGCCGUCAUCACUGGCUAUAUGACCUUGCGCCCAACUGGUAUGCAAUCGGAAACACACAAGAUGCUCGUGCGCGCGGUGGGUCAGAAGCAUAAUAAAGUUGCUCGGCUCCGCCUUGUCGCGGACCCAGCUCGAGAUCCUGAACGAGAAGUCCAGGAACUGAUGAAACAAAAUGCAAAGAAGUCGAAGCGGAAAUCAGACUAUGAUGAUGGACUGGGAAGUGGGAGGAAACGGCGGUACUCGCGAAAGCGGGGUUCUCCGUCAUGGAGCGACGACGAGGCAGAGAUGGGACACACUUAUGCACUGUCGGAUGACGACGACGACGAAGGUGCGGGCGGCCGUGGGUCAGGCAGCCGUAAGGGCAAAGCGAAGGAGGCAGAGAACAACGAAAAGGGCGAUUAUCAAGAAGACGGGUUCGUCGUCGCCGACGAGGACGACGAUGAUUCUGACGGCGGUGCGAAACGCCGCCGCCGUGAUGAUACGAUGGAGGACGACCCGUUAGAAAAAAUGGAGGCCCAACUUGAGAAGCAGCAGGAAAAGAGGCGUCAAAAUAAAGACAACGACGGCGAUGAUACCCCGGACGAGGACGGGGGCGCCAUGGAUGUGGAAAGCGAGGAGGAAGAGGACGAACACAAAGUUAGACGGGUCUCUCGGCGAAAAGCCGUCAACAUCGCAGAGGAGGAGGACGAAGAGGAGUGA